AUGGCCGCCGAACAGCGCAAGCUGCUCGAGCAGCUCAUGGGCGACCAGUUCAUGGGCACGGGCAGCUCGAAGAGCGCAAAUCUGACCCUUACCUCCCCUAAUGUCUGCCGCUCAUACCUCGUCGGCACGUGUCCACACGACCUCUUCACCAACACGAAGCAAGAUCUGGGGCCGUGUCCGAAAGCGCAUCCCGAGAACCUGAAGAUCGAGUACGACAAUCUGAGCCCGGCGGAGAAGGCCAAGUACGGCUUCGAAUACGACUACAUGCGGGACGUGCAGAAAUACAUCGACGACUGCAACCGCCGGAUAGACCAGGCGCAGCGCCGGCUGGAGAAGACGCCGGACGAGAUCAGGCAGACCAACAACCUGCUGAAGACGAUAUCGGAUCUCACAAAGACAAUCAACACCGGUCUACUGGAGGUUAACUGCCUCGCGGAAAUCGGUUCGGUGUCUCUAGCUUGCUCGGAAUUCUACAAGGUGCGCACGGCCAAGCUGGCGAAGGAGCAGGCGGAGCGGGAUCUCAAGGCGCUCUCGGACACCAGCGGGCCCUCGGGGCAUCAAAAACUCCAAGUCUGCGAUGUCUGUGGUGCAUACUUGUCGCGGUUGGACAACGACAGGCGGCUGGCAGACCACUUCUAUGGGAAGAUGCACCUGGGGUAUGCGCAGAUGCGCCGGACGUACGAGCAGUUACAGAAGGAGCUGAAGGGCCGACCACCGCCCAUGAGACAAGAUGAGAGCGGUCCUGCCGGUCCGCGUGGGUACGAUGACGGAGGGUACGGCGAUGGUGGAGGAAGCUGGGGCGGUCGUGGAGGAUAUGGAGGCCGUGGCGGCUACAGGGGAGGUGGUGGCUAUCGCGGACGUGGUCGAGGAAGAUGGUAA